AUGCACAAGCGCAAAGCAGGAACACAAGCUAAUAUCUUGAAGCGACGAAUCAAAAUUGUCGUGGAACAGAAUGUCAUAGACAAACCCUCGCCCGUUGAGGAGUUCCCCAUGCGGAAAUGGAGUAUGAAGAUAUACCUCCUCGACGAAGAGGGGCAAGAGCACACAGCGGACGUGUUCACCAAGGUGACCUACAACCUCCACCCGAGUUUCGAGGAUCCGACGCAGACCUUCCAUACGCCACCAUUUACUUGCAGCAACGAGGGCUGGGGCGAAUUCGAGCUAGGGAUCGACUUGUACACGACCGAGAAGACCAAGAUCACUCCGACUAUCGUUCAGGAUCUCAACUUUGCGCAGAACAAGUACGAGGCAAUCCAUCCCAUUGUUAUCAAGAACCCGAGCCAGGCAUUGCAGGAGAAGCUGCGUGAGACUGGGCCAUUGCCGACCGACGAAGGGCGCAAGAAGGGUGUCGCUGGUGCCAUCAACGGGGCCUCCGGCAAGAAGGCCUCGCAAAAGUAUGACUACGAGAAGAUUGCGGAUGCGUUGCAAAAGCUGGAAGAGGAGGACCUCCUACGAGUGAUACAGAUGAUCAACGAGAACAAGGGCCCGGACACCUACAUUCGGAGCGACGUCGAUGCUGGCGAAUUCUCGAUCGAUCUUUACACGAUGCCCGAGUCACUGACAUCCAAGCUCUGGGAGUUCUUCUCUAAGAAGGGGCUGAUUGGGUCCUGA